AUGACCCUAGCUGAAUCGACAUUUAAAUCAUCAAGUGAUAAAGCGGAUGCUUUAAACAAAUUCUUUGCCUCUGUGUUUCUUCCUCGUCCUCAAAACCCAUGUUUCCCUCCAUCCAACACUGUUCCUGUAACUCCAACUGAGUUUUCUGAUGUUUCGGUUGAAGAAGUUUGUCGUCUGCUAAAUAAUCUAUCCACAUCGAAAGCUACGGGUCCAGACGGGAUUUCGGCAAGGUUAUUAAAGGAGUGUUCGGAAGUCCUUGCUCCGUCUCUUACUGCAUUAUUUAAUAAAUCCAUUGCUCUCGGCAAGGUUCCUGCAGAUUGGAAGUAUGCAAACAUCGUUCCCGUUCCCAAAAACAACAAAACUCAUAUUGUCAGUAAUUAUCGUCCAAUUUCAUUAUUAUCUCUCGUGUCUAAAGCUCUUGAGCAUGUGGUCCAUAACCGAGUCUUAUAUAUUGUUAAACCUCUUCUUCAUGACCAACAACACGGCUUUCGUUCGGGAAAAUCUUGUAUUACUCAGCUUCUUGACGUUGUUUACAACAUUGGCAAGGCGUUAGAUUGUGGUAAAGAAAUGGACAUGAUCUAUUUAGAUUUUUCCAAAGCUUUCGAUUCGGUACCUCACGAUAAACUUAUUUUUAAACUCUCCCAAUUUGGUAUUACUGGGCCGCUCUUAGACUGGUUUUCUGACUAUCUGUCUGCACGUAAACAGCGCGUGGUAGUUGAUGGUUUCUCAUCAAGUUACCUCGAUGUAACAUCUGGUGUUCCUCAAGGCAGUAUUGUUGGCCCAUUGCUUUUCUUAAUCUACGUUAACGACCUUCCUGACGCAGCAAAACACAGCAAAGUACCAAUGUUUGCCGACGACA